AUGGACUCAAAGCCAACAUAUAUAGGCGCUGCUGUAACCCACCAGAACCAAGCAUUGAUCACCUUUCGAUCAUUGAUUGAUAACAUCAGAGAGUCCAACUCCGUGGCGAUAUUCGCGUAUGCCAGUAUUCUUAUCGUGUAUUCUCUUGCUUUCCCGCAAGCACCCGAUUCUCCUGAACCCCGCGUCGCCGUGGACGAUCUCUACCAGAUAAUUGUCUUUGCACACGGUCUACACCAAAUCUCCACUAGUGCCGCUGGGUAUCUGCAAAACAGCAUGUUCAAGCAAUUAUUCCAGUGGGAUGGCUCAGAGCAGAGGCUCACGGAUGAUGCUUGGCUGUCUUUUGAAGAACUACGCGACUCAGUCUCUUUCAUUGGUGCGGAGGAUGCACGCCCAAGCUACCUCAAGGCCAUUGAUUGCAUACAGGAUAGCCUCGCUGAAGUAUCAGGCGGGUUCGACGCGGUCGCUGCCGUCACUAGAAUUGCGAUUAGGCUGCCGUCCUUGUAUGUUACUUUGCUGCACGAGUAUGACCCGCUAGCACUCGUCAUCUUGAGUUACUAUUGUGUUGUCUUGCAUCGACUGAGGCAUCACUGGUGUGUUGGGGACAGGGGCGCUCGAGCUGCUCGUGCCUUGUGGUUCAUUCUCGGUGAGGAAUGGAAGCAUUUGAUGCUUUGGGCGAUGCAAGAUAUCUUGGGACCUGACUUCUUGACUCGAGUGCGUGAGCAUGUAUGA